UGUCUUACUCUUGCAUUAUACAUAUCAUUCCAAUCUUGAACAAAAGAGCAUUUUGUUCCUUUUCUUCUUCAUCUCCAAUCAUUUCUGGUCUUUUUCCUUUUCUCAUUCCUUUCGUAAACCAAACCUUUUUGACAUUAUCGUCCAAGUGUCUCGGAUUCGAGCAUGUCAACAAGAUUCAAAGGGAUUUAUCAGAAGAGCUUCAAGUGUUUCUCCCACAUUUCUGAUGAGAAGGAUGAGGAGAUGGAUAUAGGUUAUCCUACAGAUGUUCGACACGUGUCACAUAUCGGUUGGGAUAGUUCAUCGAGUAGUGCACCGAGUUGGCUACGUGAAUUCAAGACGAGCAACAACGUUUUAGAGUCAAAUUCAUCGUGGCCGUUUACAGAUUUGAAAUCAGCCAUGGAAGCGUUUGGAGAUGUUGAAAGCAGCAAAGAAUUAGGGAAAGAAUCAGCGAAACAAUACCUGAAGAAGAAGCUCUCUUCAAAAGCCUCUAAAUUGUGUAAUCCAUGGUCACCAAGAUUCUUAAGAUCAAGCAACGCCAUUGCUUGAUUAUUUUAACUUUAAAGUUCAUUGCCGUUGUUUAUGUAAUAUAGAGAAUAUAGUAUGAUAUUUAUGUUGAUGUUUUCAUUCGAGAUAUCUAUCUUCAGAAGUGUGUACAUAUUUACAUUGAAAGUGUCUUUGCAAUGAUAUUGGAAUUGUUUUACCAA